AUGGCUCAGACCAGAGGAGUGGAGUGCUACAAAAUCGGACCGGGCUUCGUCUCCCGGUGCUUUCCUCGCGGAUUCGAACACGAUACCUGGAGCCGUCUCGAUUUCGACAGCACACAGUGGGCCUCGCGCGCCUGGACGUUCCAGGAGGCGACACUCUCAACGCUGAUGAUUCUGUUCGCGCAGUCCGGUCGUUACUUCAGCUGCGGCGCCGGGCUCGUCUGGGAGUACGGCGGGGUCUUGGAAGAGCCUCUGAACUCUUCUGUCCACGGCAUCGUGCAAGACACAUCCGCUGCGGAUAUGUACCGAAACUGGAACCUGAAGAUUGCCACCCAGUUCUUGGGAAGACAAGCCACCUAUCUGGCUGACUCGUUGCUUGCGCUCUCUGGCACAGCGCAGAUCUUCGCGACGGCUCUGGACGACGAGUACGUGGCUGGUUUGUGGAAAGGGGAUCUGCUGGCUGGACUGUUCUGGAAGAUGAAGGACUCGCUUCGCAGCUAUUUUGCCGAGCUGCUGCAGUCUCUUGAUGAUCCAUGGAUUAGGCCCAGCUGGAGCUGGGUAGGAAGACCGGCGGGCCGCAGUGCAGUGGGCAAAGUAAGAGGGUUCGGGCCUGGCCGCUGCAAUCUCUAUCCGGCUAGGUCGUCUGCAGUCCUUCGCAUGCAAUAUGAUACCUUAAAAGCACAGACGGUACCGUCCGGGAUGACAAGUAUGAUAAGAGUGUACCCGCUUGCUCUUGGGUGGUACCAUUUGCCGGACGACGACGAUGACUGCGAUGGGAAAAGAUUGAGUGAUACCGGAAAUUCCUAUCUCGAGCAGCCUGGCGACAACAAAGUUGCUUUCAGCUACCACCUCGACUUCUUCCCCAAUCCAGACGUCAACGAUCCCCACCAGAGUUGGAAGCAGGACCUGACUCUUGUCCUGCUCGGGAGCAUAAACUACGAGAGCUCCGAGUCUGAGGACGAUUUAGGGGAGACACCCUGCGGGCUUAUUAUCCACCAAGCAAAGAGGAACAGUUGCGAGUAUUGCAGGGUCGGCACAUUUGGGCCUUCCACAUCGGAAGCGAGCUCCGGGACCGUGUUUGACCUUGAUAUGGAUUUUUGCUAUAAUUGGGAGUCGAGGUCUCCAAAGGUGAUAUAA